AUCGCAAUAUUACGAUUACAAAAACACCAUAAGUGAGUGAGUGGCCGGCCGGUUCUUCUGUUUUAUAUACAUAAUAUAUAUAAAACAACGUGACAUUAGGCAAUGAUUUGAAUUAAAUAGCUUUUCUAUUGUUGGGAAUUGGUUGCUGUAUGCUGGUAUUUAAUGCUAAUACAAUUAAUUAAUGUAUUAUUAUAUUGCAACUGCUCACUCAUAGAACUCUCUUCUUCCCUCGUUGUUCUAUUAAUUAAGGUUUUGUUGGAUGUAUGGCUCGGGUCCAGUCGCGCCAAGGAGCCAGCGCGACGCCGCCUCAGAUGGAUCAGACGCGUUAGCGCCAACGCAACCAAAGCCGCACCCACAGUCGCGCCCACGCGAGAAGCUCGAGCGUGAGGAAGCCUCACCCGCGGACGUGAACUCCAGACGACCGAACGACGGUGUUUCAACCAAGAGUUGACUAGGCCAAGUCUACCUCGAAAACGACACCAUAUCCCCCGAAGAGUGGUCACAUCAUAGACAUAGGUACAAUCAUGGGUAAAUCUCCUAGUCCUAGGUAGGAGUAUGGUCUAAAGUUCUGACAUGUCAGCGGUCUUGUCACCAUGUAACUCACCCACCACCAUGUAGCCUAUAAAUAUGACAUUUACUCCGGUGGGUGAGAGGAGGGCAUUUUUACUCUCUCAGUAGACUUGGAAGAACUCCCUCUCUCUAAGAAUAUCUGUGUUCCUAAACCCCUCGUUGCUUACUCUUCUCAACCUUUUUUCCGAGUCUACCUCCUACUCUCAGUUGGACUCACACAAUUGGCGCCCACCGUGGGGCAAGAGUAGAGAAGCAGCAAGACAGAGAAGUCGUCAAUGGCAGAACAAGACAAUAACAUUCCUAACGAAGCAACCCCGAUCAAGGCAAUGACAAACUCAAGGUCAUUCGCAGAAACGAGCAACCUCAACGCGGUCCUAAUCGAAGAGGAAGAGCCAGAGCUGACAGCCAAGGAGGUCCGCCAGCAAAUGACCAAACAAAACGAGGUCAUCGCGGACAUGCAAGCGAAAAUGAACCAAGUGAUCGCCUUGAUGAUGAGCAAGGAAACCGCCGCGACUACGUCCGAGCGUCAAGCGAUGACGCUGCCACCGCCGGCAGAUUGCCAAACAGUUAGGCAAGCCAACCCACAAUUUCGCGAGCAGGACCCGCCAGAGAGAGCGGAUCUGACUUUCCUGGAACAGCACCUGUCCCCACAAUAUUGCACACCGCCCAAGAAAGCCUUGCACCAACCACUGUGCACCCAAAUUAUGGCGGAACACCUAAGCGGGAUCCCACCCACCCUGCCCAUGUACAAUGGGACGACAGACCCGGAGGACCAUGCCAGCAGCUUCUGCCUGCGCAUGCAGCUGCAAACAAACUCCAACGCGGCAUUAUGCAGAACCUUUCCGUCCACAUUCGUGGAGAUAUGCCUGGACUGGUAUAACUGCCUCCCCAACGGAAUCAUCUGCACCUUUGAAGAGUUCAUACUACUCUUCACAACGAAGUUCGCCUCCCAAAAGAGAAGGCCGCUCCACCUUAAGGCAUUGAUCGACCUAAAACAGAAGGACGGGGAGAGUCUGCGGGCAUUUUACGCCAGAUGGUCGAGGACCACUAUAGCAGUGCGUGACCUGACUCCAGAGACUGCCGCCCACCACCUCAUGGAAGCGACCACCAAAGCGGAACUCAAACGCGCGUUGGCAAAAGGACCCGUCAUCUCUUCCUCGGAACUGGAAACCAAAAUCGAGAAAGCCAUUACCCUGGAAGAAACCCUGGGAGCAGGGUCGGUCCGCCGCUACGAGCCAGCAAAACCUCCGCGAGAGGAACAAAGGCGAUGAGAGCCACAACUCCCGCUCCCGCAGUACCACAGCGGGUAUGGCAAGCAGCAAGCUCCGCAAGAUCCCCCACAACGCAGGCGCUCACCGGAUAGGCGCCCGCAGACGAGCUUCACCCCCCCCCCCCCUAAAUGACUCAUUAAAGAACAUAUUCCACC